GGCCUUAGAUAUGGAGACUGAUAACAGAAGUUAACACUGAACUCUGAGCUAAUGCCCAAGCAGGGUAGUGGCUGGUUUUACCCAGUUAGAGCUAGUGGGAGCGCCGUCAGUGGAGGCUUUUAGACUCAUCUGUUCAGUGACUCUUGCAUGCAUGAGACUAAAUGGUAGUAGUGGUUGAUGUACAAAGGCCUGAAACACAGUUGGUGUGCCAUGUGAGUGUAGCCUGCUAACAACACCCCUGUAGCUGGUGUGAAGAUAAGGCUGAGCCCUCUGCAAGCACCUCUGCACUCACAGGGAUGGUAACUUAGCAACGCUGAUGCCGAUGGUAGCUUGGCCACGUCAGUGUAAUUGCUUCAAAUGAGGGAGGUGAAACUGAGCACACAAAAAAGUGUCAUAUUAACUAAAAAAACAAAAAAAAUCCAGUAUGCACAAACACAUCAAAUCCAAGACAUACAUGCAUCAAACCAUUAGAGCAAGAGUGCAGAGAUGAAACACAUUCACACAAACAGGGCCUCCAUUAAUUGUGCAACCAGGUUUGUGGUAAACAAGCAGACGGCUGCUCAGAAAAAGGAAGGAAGUUUAGACACACAGAGAGAACAGCCAUGGGACCAAGUCUACUUUUACUGCUGCUCCUCAUGGGGGCAGAAAUCGCCUUUGGAGAGGGAAUUCCGAGACCUGUAUUAAGUUCAGACAGACAGCCAGUGUUCACAGGAAACACAGUUACCCUGAGAUGUGACAUGGGCCAGUCUAGAUGGAGGAGAUGGAGAUUCUACUGGUACAGAGACACACAGACCUCUGAUCCUGUGGCCCAGACUGAUGGAAACUCCUACAGCAUCAUCUCUGUUAAAGUCUCUAAUGGAGGACAGUACUGGUGCAGAGCUGGGAGAGGAGACCCAAUCUAUCACACACUUUACAGUAACACGGUGUGGGUGAAGGUCAAAGUAAAUCCCAAAGCCGUUGCAACCCCUCUGUCCAACUGGACACACAUUUUCAUUGGUGAGACGCUCGCUCUCAGAUGUGACAUACAGGGAGAAGAACACAACGACUGGCAAUACAGCUGGGAUAAGAAUAGAACUUCUCUCAAAUAUCAAUGGCAAAAUUACACAAUAUAUCAUGCUGUUGAGUCCGACAGUGGUGACUACAGCUGCAGAGGAAUACAGAUGAGAGACUCACAGACAUCAGAGAUCAGUGAGGCUGUUAGAGUUACAGUAUCAGAAAAACCAAAUCCAGUUCUUAGAGGACCAUCACAGACCUGGCUGACUGAAGGAGACUCAGUGACUCUGAGCUGUGAGGUUAGAAGCUCCACUACAGGCUGGAGAUUCCACUGGUACAAGACUGCCCCCUACAGUCCUGAGUUGGUAUUGGUGUUACAUGAGAACAGGAGAUAUUCUCUACAGCUGGUCUCAGACAGCAUCAGUGGAGCUGGAGGCUCCUACACUCUCAGCCCAGCUGCUCUUAGACACACAGGGGUUUAUGUGUGCAGAGCAGAGAGAGGAGAGCCAGCCUAUCACACAGAGUUCAGCCAACCUCAGCCUCUCUGGGUCACAGGUGUGUCUCCUCCAGCUUCUGUGAUCAUCCACUCAAACUGGAACCUGAUCUUUACAUACGACUCUCUCUCACUGAGCUGUGGGGUUCAGGGCAACUCUACUGGAUGGAGACUGAGGUGGUUCACAGGCAGAGGAGGGGAAUCAAAGUGUCCCACUGACUGGAGAUCAGAAACAGGAUCCACCUGCAGCAUCAGAUCAGCAUCAUCAUCAGACAGUGGAGUUUACUGGUGUCUGUCUAAGUCUGGAGAGCAGAGUGAUCCUGUCAACAUCACAGUGCACACUGGUGAUGUGAUCCUGGAGAGUCCUGCCCAUCCUGUGACUGAGGGAGAUCCUCUGACCCUGCGCUGUAGAUAUCGCUAUAAGCCAUCAAACAUCGGUGCUGACUUCUAUAAAGAUGGGACACUCCUCCAGACCUCCACCACAGGGGAGAUGACCAUCCCUGCAGUCUCAGAGUCACAUGAAGGAGUCUAUACGUGCAGGAACCCAGAGAGAGGAGAGUCACCAGAGAGCUGGGUCACAGUAAAGGCCUCACAUUCUGAACCCGCCCCGCUGCUGGCAGUCCAGAUGAUGGUUGGACUGGUGAUCGUCUUUGCGAUAGUUAGGAUAUUGGCUUGGCUGUAUUGCUUCAAGCGGCCGCAAGGUAAAAGCACUUCCCAUCUGGUGUUUGCAGGAGUGCUAGCAGUCCAGGUGAUGGUUGGACUGGUGAUCGUCUUUGCGAUAGUUAGGAUAUUGGCUUGGCUGUAUUGCUUCAAGCGGCCGCAAGAGCCUGUCACACAGACAUCAGUCACUGGCCAGGAACAGCAGAACACCAGUCAGAACCAGGGCGCGAGUCAGCCUGCAGGAAGUAAUGGGGCCCAGUCAGAAUAUAUGACAAUGAAAAGAGUUGUAGGUGCUACACCUGACUAUGCCAAUAUCAACCUAAAGUGCGUGCCUCUGCAGAAAAACAACAAAUCCAUAUAUGAAGUCAUGGGUCCUAUAAAAGCUGAAGCAGAAACUGAAAAGAAGUCUGAAGUCUAAAUCAAACCACAAAAUGUCCCUUCAAAGUUGUACAUAUCAAUGGCAUUCAGUUCAUUAAAUGAAUAUGACAUGUGUAAUUUUAUUUGUUAGUAUAACAGGUGUUUAAUAUUACAGAUGACUUUAUCGUUUAACAGUGUCAACACCAGGUUAUCACCAUUACAAUAUAUUUUUCAUAAUGUGUACUUUGUGCAAUAGAUUUAAGUAGCUGUUAUUUUUAGAAUUCAGAAAAAACAAGUGUAAUUGUUUAUUUUUCACCUGUUCAAUUUUGUACUCAACCAUAAUUAUUCAAUUGUCUGACUUAAUUGUGAAUUUUAUAUUAAAUAUUUCGUAUUAAAAUCCA